ACAGAUGCUGAGCCUGCUGUUUCUGACUCUCUGCCUCGUCGCAGGCUCUGUUGCUAAGCCCCAAGCACCAACCACCCAGAAAGAGCUGGUGGGCAUUGUGGGGGGACACAAUGCCCCCAAGGGGAAGUGGCCCUGGCAAGUCAGCCUGAAGGUGUACAACUACCACUCUUCUGCCUGGGAACACAUAUGCGGUGGUUCCCUCAUCCACCCUCAGUGGGUGCUGACUGCUGCCCACUGCGUUUAUCAUAGAAAUGAUGACCCGUCAUCCUACCGGAUCCUGGCUGGGGACAUAUACCUCUACGGGGACCAGAAGCUGUUGAGUGUGAAGCAGAUCAUUGUCCACCCAGACUACGUUUCUUUUCAUCUGGGUGUGGACGUGGCAUUGCUAAAAUUGGCAGAACCAGUGGAUUGCACUGAUAAUGUCAAGCCCAUCAAGCUCCCCUCCUCAAAUCUUGAGGAAUCAGAGAAGGAUCAGUGCUGGGUGACAGGGUGGGGCACUGUCCUUGGGUACCAAUGGCUGCCUCCACCCUUCCGUCUUCAGGAGGUGAGUGUGCAGGUGGUGAAGAACUCAGUUUGUGAGGAGUUGUACCACAAUGCCACUUGGCAUUUCUUUAAGGAUAGAAGGUUGAUCCUGGAUGACAUGCUGUGUGCUGGCAACGUGGGCCGCGGGACUUGCUAUGGUGACUCCGGUGGCCCACUUGUCUGCAAGGACUCAGAUUCCUGGAACUUGGUGGGAGUGGUCAGCUGGGGCUAUCACUGUGGCUGGGCUAUUGUUCCCAGUGUCUUUGCUCGUGUUCAUACCUAUGUUCCCUGGAUCCAGAAGCAUAUUCACAGUUCCUCCUGAGCCCAGGCUACUGUUCUUCACUGGUCAGCCAAGGAGAAGCUGGCUGCCCUCCUCCUAGCUUCUGCUCCUGCCUGACCCAAGACUCACCUUCUCCUCUGGCCUCCUCAGAGCCCUGGACUUUCUCAGUCACUGGCAGUGUGAAGGCUUGUGCCUGACUCUUGCUAUCUGUCCCUGAUGGGAGGGCACAAGGUAUGUGCCGCAGGGCCUCCAACUCCGUGGCAUUGAUGCCUGCAUUAGCUGAGCACCCAGCUGUCAGAAGAAGCCUGGGAUGUUUCUGCUUUCUGCCUCUUCUGAAUAAAGA